GAGUGUCCAAGGCGAUCUUAGACAGCGCUGGAGCAGCAGUUCAGAUGGAGUGCGCACAGAUCGUGAAUUCUCCGGGUUACCAGCCUCGUCUGAUGAUCAUGACGUCAGCCGGAAUGCUGCCCAGCAGACAGAUCAUCCACGUUGUUGGCCAGAGGGAUCCUCCAAAAAUCCAAGACUUGGUUUACGCAGUGCUGCAGUUCUGCGAGGAGCACAAGUUCAACUCUGUCGCCUUCCCCGCCCUGGGAACAGGUCAGGGAGGGGCCAGCCCGUCGGCGGUGGCGGACGCCAUGGUGGAAGCGGUGGUGGAGUUUGUGAGGAAGAAGCAUCCGAAGUUUGUUUGCAGCGUGAAGAUCCUGAUCUUAUGAUGCCGCUCUGCCGUCACAUUGGGAUGACAUGAAAGGCGACAUCCUCAAGCUGUUUCCUUUGGCUGCGGGAUCCAAAGAAUACAACGAUGUGGAGACAGAAUUUCAAAAGACCGGCCUUUCAGCAAACAUCAUCAGUCGGCAAUGGCUCUUACUUUGCUGUGGAUCCCGCCUACUCGGCGCAGGGCUACGCCAGGCCCGAUAUCAGUGGGCACAAGCGCAUGUACCUGGCGAGGGUCCUGGUCGGAGACUUCACCCAGGGAAGAGCUGGUAUGAUCGUCCCUCCUGACUGCCAUGAUCCCUUUGAGCAACAGUUCUGAUAAAGUACCUCUAUUGUUCCAUUUUAAAUCCAUAGUCUACAACCAUUGUAAUUGAUAUAAGAUCUUUCUUUAAGUGCCUGUAAGUUCCUGUUAGGUUCCCAAACACUGAAAGCUUCACACUGUAUGAGUUUGAGAUUUCAGUCAGCUUCCUUCAUCUGGCAUUGGUCACAUUGUAUUUACUGUUUUGCUUUGCACUAUGGUCUGAAAUACUGUUAAUUAAAGGAGCACUGCAAAUA